AUGGAGAAAGACCCCGAGUUCGCCCCAAUCGGGCGGGCGGUCACCGUGAUUGAAGAAAGAGAGCAACAAACCCUCACAAAGAUUGCUUCGAGCAAGCUGGGCCAACAGAUCUCAAAAGCAGCAAGCCAUAAAGAUGGAACCCCGCCGCAUCUCGAUCCCACCAACCCGCAAUUCGACCAUCGCCAAUGGGCACAGAUGGUAUUGGACCAGGUCAAUGAUGCAGGCAUCGAUGUCCCACAUCAAGGAGUCGUCUUCUCCAACCUCUGUGUCAGCGGCUCUGGAUCCGCACUGCAGUAUCAAGAAACCCUGACAUCCAGCCUGAGGGUUCCCUUCCGAGCCGCCGGCAACCUGCUGACAGGCCGUUCGACACCACCGAGACAAAUCCUCCACAGCUUCGACGGACUUCUCCAAGGGGGAGAGCUUCUCCUGGUCCUCGGUCGACCAGGCAGUGGCUGCACAACCUUCAUGAAAACCAUCACCGGUCACUUGGGAGGCCUCACCCUGGAGCCGGAGAGUACACUCCAUUACGAAGGAGUUGGUUUCGACCACAUGAUCAAACAUCUCCGAGGUGAAGUUGCCUACAACAAGGAAGUCGAUUUACAUUUCCCACAUUUGACCGUCGGUCAAACUCUCGAGUUUGCGGCCCAUGCUCGCGCACCACACCAACGCCUUGAGGGCGUCACACGCGACGAGUACGUCAAGACCAUUACACAGGUCGUGCUCUCGAUCUUCGGACUGUCACACACCUACAACACCAAGGUCGGCAGUGAAUUUGUUCGCGGAGUCAGUGGAGGCGAGAGGAAGCGAGUCAGCAUUGCAGAGAUGUUCCUGGCUCGUUGCCGCAUCGGAGCCUGGGACAACAGUACCCGCGGGCUGGAUGCUGCUUCCGCUCUCAAGUUUGUCAAGUCCCUUCGUCUCUCGGCGGACAUGGGCUCAUCAUGCCAUGCCAUUGCUGCAUACCAGGCAUCACAAUCGAUGUAUGAUCUUUUCGACAAGGUCGUUCUCUUGUAUGAAGGAUACCAGAUCUACUAUGGACCCAGAGAACGUGCAGUAGGCUAUUUCCAAGACAUGGGAUGGGAGCGACCCGAGCGCCAAGUCAGUGGUGACUUUUUGACGGCCAUCACCAACCCAGCCGAGCGCCAAGCGUUGCCUGGUAUGGAGGGCAAAGUGCCUCGCACGGCCAAGGAGUUCGCUGAACACUGGAAGAAAAGCCCUGAGCACCAACUGCUCACCAAGGAGAUUUCGGACUUCGAGAGUCAGCAUCCUCCAAACGGGGCCGACGCAAAGAGACUCCAGGACAGCCACGAAGAGCAGCAGGCUCGCCACACUCGAGCUCGCAGCCCUUACCUUCUUUCUGUUCCUAUGCAAGUGCGUCUCUGUAUGCAAAGAGCCUACCAGCGCAUGCUUCAAGAUUUGCCAACGGCCCUUUCACCCGUCAUUGUGCAGAUCGUUCUCUCUCUGAUCAUUGGAUCCAUCUUUUACCAAACUCCCGACACCUCCAGCUACUUUUUCCAAAAGGGUGCAGUGAUGUACUUCGCUGUGCUAAUGAACGCCCUUCUCACGAUCAACGAAAUUCUCAUGCUCUACGCACAACGCCCCGUGGUUGAAAAGCAAGCGGGCUAUGCAUUUGUCCAUCCUUUCACUGAGGCAUUAGCCAGCCUGGUUGUCGAUUUACCAAUCAAGUUGGUACGAAUCUCGGUCUUCACGAUUGUGCUUUACUUCAUGGCCAACCUACGACGCGAGCCAGGUGCCUUCUUUAUCCACUACCUAUUCUUGCUUACCGCUGUCCUCUCAAUGUCUGGCCUGUUCCGCAGCGUUGGAGCAUUGACCAAGAGCGUUGGGCAAGCUAUGGCGAUUGCUGGUGUUCUUGUAUUGUGCAUCGUGGUGUACACGGGUUUCACACUGCCGCAACCAUACAUGCACCCGUGGCUUUCCUGGAUUCGCUGGAUCAACCCCAUAUACUACACCUUCGAAUCCCUCGUUGCCAAUGAGUUCCACGGCCGGACUUUCGAUUGCUCUUCGUUUAUCCCAAGCUACGGAACCGGCAUAUCAUUCAUUUGUUCCACUGUCGGUGCAGUCGCAGGCCAGCGGACUGUUUCAGGUGACGAUUUCAUUGAGCAGAAUUAUCAUUACAGUCACUCGCAUUUGUGGAGGAACUAUGGAAUCCUGAUCGCAUUCUUUGUCGCCCUCAACGCUCUCUACCUUGUUGCCACCGAGUUCAUCACCAACGACAGAUCCAAGGCUGAGGCGCUUGUAUUCCGUCCCGGACAUGCACCCCAGUAUCUCCAGAAGGGCCAUACCAUCGAGCUCGGCGAAGAGGAAGUCAACAAACUUGAGCUGCAAGCUACCAACGACACUACGAGCGACACUAUCCGUCUUCCAGAACAGAACGACAUCCUUUCCUGGAACGCGCUCAACUAUGACAUCCCGGUGAAAGAGGGUACUCGACGACUUCUCGAUAAUGUCAAUGGAUGGGUGAAACCAGGCAGCUUGACAGCAUUGAUGGGUGUGUCUGGAGCAGGAAAAACCACACUUCUCGAUGUCCUUGCACAGAGAGUCUCCAUCGGAGUGGUCUCUGGUGAUAUUUUCGUGAACGGCAAGGAUCUUGCACCCAACUUCCCCCGUCGAACUGGCUAUGUGCAACAACAAGACCUACACUUGGACACCACCACGGUCAGGGAGGCAUUGCGUUUCAGUGCAAUGCUUCGUCAACCCGCCAAGGUUCCAAAGAAAGAGAAGUACGACUACGUGGAACAGGUCAUCGAGGUUCUUGGCAUGGAAGACUUUGCCGAAGCCGUGGUGGGGAAUCUUGGAGAAGGAUUGAAUGUUGAGCAAAGAAAGUUGCUUAGCAUUGGAGUCGAACUUGCAGCAAAGCCCACUUUACUCAUUUUCCUCGAUGAGCCAACCAGUGGUUUGGAUUCGCAGAGCUCUUGGACUAUCUGCCAGUUCCUCAGAAGGCUGGCCGAUCAUGGGCAGGCUGUUCUCGCGACGAUUCACCAGCCUAGUGCUCAGUUGUUCCAGACCUUUGACCGUUUGCUCUUCCUAGCCAAGGGUGGAAAGACUGUUUACUUUGGAGACAUUGGAACCGGGUCAUCGCACCUGCUGAACUACUUUGAACACAAUGGUGCUCGUCCUUGUGCCCCUCUCGAAAAUCCUGCAGAAUACAUGCUCGAGAUGGUUGCCGGUGAUUCAUCUUCCGUUGACUGGGUUGAUGUCUGGAACAAGAGUCCUGAAUGUCAAGAAGUCGAGGCUGAGCUGCAAAAACUUCAUGCUCGCAAAGAAUCUGUUCACCACUCUGCUCUUGAGGAGCUCGAUGAUGACAACGCUGAGUUUGCCAUGCCACUGCACAGCCAACUGUACUACGUUCUCGCCCGUGUCUUCCAGCAAUACUACCGGCAGCCAGAAUACAUCUUUUCCAAGUUCAUUCUCGGUAUUGUCUCUGGUCUCUUCAUCGGUUUCUCUUUCUGGAAGUCGGACAGCACCCAGCAAGGUUUCCAAAACGUUCUUUUCAGUGUCUUCCUUCUGUGCACGAUUUUCAACACUUUGGUCAACCAAAUCAUGCCCAAGUUCGUUGUCCAGCGCUCUUUGUACGAAGUUCGUGAGCGCCCGUCCCGGAUCUACUCCUGGAAAGUCUUCAUCCUGUCUCAAAUGCUCGUGGAAAUUCCUUUCCAGGUCAUUCUUGGUGUUUGCGCCUGGGCUUGUUUCUACUGGUCUGUCAUUGGCCCCGAGCAAGAUGGCGAGCGCCGUGCCCUGAUCAUGCUAUUCAUUGUUCAAUUCUACAUCUACGCUGCCAGUAUGGCGCAGCUGGUUGUCUGUGCAAUUCCCGAGCCCACUGUCGCGGCCAUGCUUGCCACUCUCAUGUUCGGUCUUUCAUUUAUCUUCAACGGUGUCAUGCAGCCUCCUGAUGAUCUUCCUCGCUUCUGGAUUUUCAUGUAUCGGGUCUCGCCAUUCACCUACUACAUCGGUGGAAUUGGCGCAACUGCACUCCACAACCGCAAUGUUGAGUGCAAUGCGGCUGAGAUGAGCAUCUUCGAUCCCCCGUCCGGUCAAACCUGCGGCCAGUAUAUGGCCAAGUAUCUUGAGACCGCUGCGGGUAAGCUUUCCAAUUGGAAUGCUACCUCCAACUGUGAAUACUGUUCAAUCAGCUCGGCUGACCAGUACCUUGCUGCUCGUCAGAUCCAUUGGGAGGAUCGCUGGAGGAACUAUGGUAUCUUCUGGUGCUACUUUGUGUUCAACAUCUUUGCUGCUAUUUCACUCUACUACCUGUUCCGUGUCAGGGGCUCGAAGGCCAAGACCAAGAGGGCUUGA